UUAUCUGUUUGUUGUAAGAAUUUUUUUUUCUGAGUGUUUAUCAAUGGCCGCCAUUCGCCUAGUACCCUCACUCCCCACAUCAUUCAAAACGACAUCGUUGUCUUCAUCUUCUUCCCCAAAAUUCCCGUGCUUGCUCCACUCACACUCUCGCAAAAUUCCUCUCGUUUCAUCAUCCUCCUCAUUAUCUACAUCAUCAAAGAGGCUAUUCAGUACAUUACAAGCUCUCGUAAAUGGGGAAUCAGUGGUUGCAGACCAAGAGAUUGACAGCGAGGCGAGUAGCGACGAGAGCGACGAAGAUAUUGGGGGUUUUAAACUAAAAAAGCAGACAACACCGUGUGAAUUGUACGUGUGUAAUCUUCCAAGAAGCUGUGACAUUGCUGAGCUUGUCGAGAUUUUCAAGCCUUAUGGAACUGUAAUUUCUGUUGAGGUCUCCAAGAAUCCAGAAACUGGCAUUAGUCGAGGAUGUGGUUUUGUCACAAUGGGUUCUAUGACUUCUGCAAAAAAUGCAAUUGCUGCACUGGAUGGAUCUGAUGUCGGUGGCCGCGAAAUGCGGGUUAAAUUUUCGGUUGAUAUGAGUUCAAGUAGGAGAAACGUUGAGACACAAAAUUCAUCACCGACAAAAAAUAUAAUAUAUGAAACUCCAUUUAAGGUAUACAUUGGCAAUCUUGCCUGGGCUGUAAAACCUGAAGAAUUGAGGAAUGAGUUCAGCAAGUUUGGAACUGUAGUAAGCGCGCGAGUUCUGUAUGAUCGAAAAGCUGGGAAAAAUCGUGCCUAUGGGUUUCUAUCAUUUUCAUCUGCUGAAGAGAGUGAAGCUGCACUUUCUUUGAAUGGAAAGGAUUAUCGUGGUCGGGUAUUAAUAGUUAGAAAAGGCGUUGAAAGACAAGAAUGAGCCUUGAAUUGCAGGAAGAAGAGUGCAUAUAUCGUCGCCAUUUCCACAUUCAAAGUUGAGUAUCUUGCAAUGAUCUUCAAGUAGCUUGGAAAGUUUUGUAUGGGACAAUUUGCCGCUUAAAUUACCAUUGAAAAUGAUAAUUUUGAUUGAUUUAAUGUUCUAAUUUUCAAUGCUCAA